CCAUUUUCCAUAAUCCAUAUUAGUCAAGUCAAAUCUCAAACCUCUUCUUCCUUUUCGGUCCUCCACUUGUUGCUCUACCUUACAAAUUCUCUCUUGCUUCCUCUUAUUAUUCUGCUGAUUCUCUUCCAUCUUCCCUUUUUUGGUCGUUCACCGGCGCCUCUUUGUGAACCACUCGUUUUUUUCUAUUUAUUCCGGCUGUCGUUGCUACUUUUCAACACAAAUUUCAAUCCAGUGUAUCUAGCCGAAGUACUUUGAUGCCCAUGGCCCCCUAGUGCAAUUGGCUUUCUAAGCCUACACCGACCUUUUCCGGAAAAUUUGCGGGAAUUGCACAUUUGCUUCUGGCUCUUGUGUACAUGACUAUCUCAGACGCUUCCGGUCCGAGCAAGGAACUUCUAUGGCUGGCUUCGGUCUUUUCUGGCAUUGUUUUCUGCAAGAUUGUUUACACGUUAACAGGCAUCAUUAGCCUCCAAAGCUUUAAAGCAUAUGUCAAACUAAGCAAUUUUGGAAAGGUUGAAUGGAACAAUAGGGGAUUUUCAACAUUCCACGCCCUUGUUGCAGCAUCUUCUUCUCUUUACCUUGUUCUGUUUUCAAGUACUUUUGAUCCAAGUUCCCGUAAUGAGCUUCUUAUAAGAAGAUCAUCCUCUUUAUCUGAUAUGACAUUGGGGUUCUCCAUUGGCUAUUUUCUAUCAGAUUUGGCAAUGGUUCUUUGGCUUUUCCCAGCUUUAGGUGGUUUUGAGUAUAUCGUGCAUCAUGUUUUAUCACUGUUCUCAAUCAUUCAAUCCCUCCUAAGUGGCCAAGGACAGGUUUAUAUACUAAUGGUUCUUUUCACAGAAAGCACAACACCAUUUGUAAAUCUUCGAUGGUACUUGGACAAUGCUGGCCAGAAGAAUUCAAACCUCUACGUCAUUAAUGGAAUUGCAUUGUUUCUCGGGUGGUUGGUUGCCAGGAUUCUCUUAUUUAUAUAUUUUUUCGGUCACAUGUUUAAACAUUUCGACCAGGUGAAAACUGUAUAUCCUUUGGGGUUUUAUAGCUUGCUGGCGGUGCCUCCUAUGUUGGCUAUGAUGAAUGUGUUUUGGUUUUGGAAGAUCGCUAGAGGAAUGAUCAAAACUCUCAGAAAAGCAAGGCACAGCAAAUGAUAGGUCUUUUUUAACCUGCUGCUUCUUUGUUUGUCUUGCAGUAUGUAUGCUAUUUAGUUGCUAAAACAAGCAUAACUAGUAUUAGUGUUUUGUACUAAAGAAAAAAGGAAAAGAAAGCUAUUUAGUUGCCGACAUGUAAAAGGUAUAAACGUCGUUAAUUUUAGGUACAAGAAUGAGUAUGCUUUUGGUGGUUAAACGUCGUUAAUAGUUUAAUUAUUGACCAACGAUACUUUUUAUUCAUUAAAGAUUGUGUUUCUUUGGUUGAAA